AUGCGCGCUUUGGAUGCGUCAAAAAAAGAAUACUUUGCUAUGGAGUCUUCGGGAACACGUGUGGCAAGCAAGCCACUAAGAUCGAAAGACGACGAGCGCGCGUUGCAGAUUAUGGAGGCGACCACAAGUUAUCGCCCGAUUGACAAACGUUGGCAAACUGGACUGUUAUGGAGGUUCGACAAAGUAGAUCUACCGGAUUCAUACUCAAUGAUCAUGAGGCGUCUUCAGUGUUUAGAAGCGAAAAUGGCAAAGGACAUCGACCUUAGAGCCUUUAUGUUGGACACUACGAAAAGCUAUGAAGAAAAGGGAUACAUCCGGAUUUUAACAGAAAGUGAGCUAAAUAAGGGUAAAAGUUCAUGGUUACUUCCUAUAUUUACAGGCACUAACCCAAACAAGAACAAGACGAGGCUGGUCUGGGAUGCAGCUGCGAAAGUCAAAGGCACGUCAUUGAACGACGUCUUGCUAAAGGGCCCGGACAUACUGGCAUCUCUAGUUGGCGUGCUAAUACGUUUUCGGGAGCGACCAGUAGCAGUGGCUGGUGACAUAAGUGAGAUGUUUCACCAAGUAAGAGUGCGCCCAGAGGACCAGACGGCUCAGAAGUUUCUAUGGCGCAGUGGAAACUCUGCUAAAGCGGCAGAAACGUUCGUGAUGCAGGUUAUGACAUUCGGGGCUUCCUGCUCGCCGGCCUUAGCUAAUUACAUAAAGAAUCGCAACGCAGAGUGGUUCAGAAAAGAAUCUCCAAGAGCCGUUGCGGCCAUUUGUAGAAACACGUUUGUCGACGACUGGCUCGAGUCGACAAACACCAAAGACGAGUUGACGGAGUUGGCCCUGGAGGUGCAGAGCAUUCACUUGGAUGGUGGAUUCAACAUGAGGCGCUGGACCUCGAAUUCUCCGAGCGUAGUGAGAGCGCUCACGAACCAGGAAGGAGACGUGCCUAGGGUGCUAGAGGCGCCCAAAGUUGAGACAUUUUUCAGAUUAUAUAUUCGCGAACGGCCAGAUAUAUCGUAG